GCCAUUUUCUAAAGGGUGAAGCAUGGAAGCCACCUUUGGACUUCUAUUCAGAAGGAUCACACGGUAUUUGGCAGCUACUCUCGGGCUGAAUCUUGAUUAUUUUCUUACAGAAACUGUCACUGCUCUAGACCGAGCCAAUGCCGAAGAUGCCAUCCUUCCUCUUCCAAAGCUCCAUACGCAGGAAAAGAAAAGGAAACAUGGUGUGACAAAACCCAGUGGUGACAUUGAGCCUGCCAUUCAUAGUGACAUCACCACAGCAAGAUCUAUACAGAAAAGAGUUCCUGUGCAAAGAAUCGAAGAUGACGGUAUAUGCAUUGAAGACAUGAUGAGGGAGUGUGGUGUCCUUGAUACUGGAGUAGAUCAGAGCAUUGAAGGCCAUCCUGGCAUUCCAACUAAUAUUUUUUCUGAGUUUUUUGGUGAUGGCAGCAUAAAAGCUGAUGCUAAUUUACCCAGCAAGAAGAUUCGAGUGCAUCUAAGAUCAUUGAAACCUGAAGAUGCUUGCAAACUCCUUGAAAAUUUAGUAUCUGCAUGGAAAAUGAGGUGCUCAAGACUCCCAUGUACAUGUUUGUUCACCAGUGUGUUUUCAUGCUAACUGAGUAUUCUGUCCUGUUUGUGGAUGU